GGCUGCCCUCCCCGCCCCUUCCUCCUCUUCCUUCCCCCCCCUUCCCCCGCCCCGGCACCCUCUCCCGCCGGCCGGGCCCCGGAGCGCCGCUGCCGUUGGGGUGUGAGCGGGGCCCGGCGCCGUGCCGGGCCGUCCCCUCGCCGGCGGGGCCAUGGCCGCGAGCGCCAAGCGGAAGCAGGAGGAGAAGCACCUGAAGCUGCUGCGGGAGAUGAGCAGCCUCCCGCCCAACCGCAAGUGCUUCGACUGCGACCAGCGCGGCCCCACCUACACCGACAUGACGGUGGGCAGCUUCGUGUGCACCUCCUGCUCCGGCAUCCUACGGGGCUUGAAUCCACCCCACAGAGUGAAGUCAAUUUCGAUGACUACUUUCACACAACAGGAAAUAGAAUUUCUGCAAAAGCAUGGAAAUGAAGUGUGCAAACAGAUUUGGCUAGGCCUGUUUGAUGAUAGAUCAUCAGCAAUUCCAGACUUCAGGGAUCCGCAGAAAGUAAAGGAAUUUCUACAGGAAAAAUAUGAAAAGAAAAGAUGGUAUGUUCCCCCAGAGCAAGCAAAGGUGGUGGCAUCAGUCCAUGCAUCCAUAUCGGGGUCUUCUGCUAGUAGUACAAGCAGCACACCUGAGGUGAAACCACUCAAAUCUCUCUUGGGAGAAGCUGCACCCACACUGCACUUAAAUAAGGGCACACCUAGCCAAUCUCCUGUUGUAGUUCGAUCUCAAGGACAGCAGCAACAAGAAAAGAAACAAUUUGACCUCCUCAGUGACCUUGGCUCAGAUAUCUUUGCUGCUGCUCCUCCUCAGUCAACUGCUACGGCAAAUUUUGCUAAUUUUGCACACUUCAACAGUCAUACAGCGCAGAACUCUGCAAAUGCAGGUUUUGCAAACUUUGAUGCAUUUGGACAGUCUAGUGGCUCGAGUAAUUUUGGAGGUUUCCCCACAGCGAGACAGUCAUUUCAGCCCCAAAAUACAGCGUUCAGAACGCUUUCAUCUAGCUGCAGUUUUGGUGAAUUUACUUCAGCUUUUCCUCUCCAGGCUGUACACAGUGGAAGUGCUGGAUCAGUGAAUGCUAACUUUGCUCACUUUGAUAACUUCCCUAAAUCCUCCAGUGCUGAUUUUGGAGCCUUCAAUGCUUCUCAGAGCAACCCAACAGCACCCGCAGCCAGUAAAGCUGCAGUGAAUAAACCGAAUCUCCAGUCUGCUGACAAAUAUGCAGCUCUUGCUAAUUUAGAUAAUAUCUUCAGUGCAGGGCAAGGUGGUAGUGAGCAAGGAAGUGGCUUCAGUACGGUAGUGUCAGCAUCAGCAGGUCCUGUGCUGUCAGCCCCAAAUCAGUCAAGUGCAUCUUCAGACAAAUACGCCGCUCUUGCAGAACUAGACAGUGUGUUCAGCUCCACAGCAACCUCCAGCAACGCAUACACUUCCACCAGUAACGUCAGCAGCAAUGCUUUUGGAACAGUACCCGUGGCUGCUACUGCACAGACACAGCCUGCAUCGUCGAGUGUGCCUGCUCCAUUUGGAGCAACACCUUCCACAAAUCCAUUUGUAGCUGCUCCUGUUGCCCCAGUGGCACCUUCAACAAAUCCAUUCCAGACCAAUAGCCGAGGAGCAACAGGCCUCUCGGGAGCAAUGCACUCUCACAUAUUUCCUCAGGCUCAUUUUGCAGCAACAUUUGGUACUGCAUCAAUGAGCAUGCCUGCAGGAUUUGGAACGCCUGCCUCCUACAGUCUUCCUACUAGUUAUAGCGGCAACUUCCAGCAGCCUACGUUCCCAACCCAGGCAGCUUUCCCUCAACAGACUGCUUUUGCUCAGCAGCCAAAUGGAGCAGGGUUUGCUGCAUUUGGACAGGCAAAGCCUGUAGUAACUCCUUUUGGACAAGUUGCAGCUGUUGGAGUAUCUAGUAACCCUUUUAUGGCUGGUGCACCAACAGGACAAUUUCCAACAGGAAGCUCAUCAACCAAUCCUUUCUUAUAGCCUUAUAGACACUUUACCCAAAAGAACUCUUAUGUGGUCACAUAACAUCUCUGCGCCUCUUGCACUGUUGUCUUGUUUCACUGAUAUUAGCUUUAAACACAAAAGAAGUCUUUAAGGAGUAAAAAUAAAAGCCUGCAUUGUGUACCUUUCAAAAUUAAAAAAAAACCAACAAACAACAACAAACCAAAACACAAACCCCAAGAAAAUCAACCCCCCAUGAGGUAAUAACGUGCAAAACAGAGGGCUGUGGUAACAUCCUUGAACCUGUGAACUGGCAGGUAAAAAGUAGCGGUAUCAUGUAUAUUAAAAUUGGCUAAUAAGUUAUUGCAGAUACCACAUUCAUUAUGCUGCAGUACUGUACAUAUUUUUCUUAGAAAAUAGCUAUUUGUGCAUAUCAGUAUUUGUAACUUUAACACAUCGUUAUGUGAAAAAUGUUACUGGGAAAUAGAUCAGCCACUUUAAGGUGCUGUUGUAUCUCUUGGAAUGAAUGAGCUACAUCAUUUUAACCAUUGGUAUUGGAAGUCAUGAAGUUAAAUUGAAGGUUUGUUCAUUUCUCAAACUGUUUUCCUUUCCUAAGAGCUCUUCUAUUUAUACAUGCCUAAAUCUCUAAUGUUAGAGGGAUACCUGUCUGCAUAAUAAAGCUGAUCAUGUUUUGC